AUGGACUUCAGUUUUGAGCUGUCGUUAGUACUAAGAAUUCGGGGAACCUCGUCAUUAUUACCUGUUAAAACUUCAAUUCAGAAUAGUGCCCCUCGUUACCAGUUUAAUAGUAAUAAUGGAGACAGCACAUCAAAAUCGAAGAAAUUUUCCAUGGGGCCUCCACUGGAACCUCCAAAAAGUUUAAAGCGCAAAUUACUGCCUACUUCAAGUUCCACAAAACCUGAGUCGUCAUCGAGUGACAAAGUUAGAGUCAGAAUACUCGCCAGCGAUUCAGCGGCUGCCGACUCUGAUUUCUGCACACCCAGAAACAGACCACAGGCUUUGAGAUACAUCAGCAGUAGUAGCAGAGGUGGAUACAGCGGCACAAGGUCAGCUCGUUCAUCCAGUACUGCAGUCGAAGCAAGCGUCAUUUUAGCAAUAUCGGAAGGUAGAGGCAUGGCGCGAGGUGAGAUAGGGAUGGCAGCGGUGGACUUGAGACACCCCAACUUGGUGCUGUGUCAGUUCAGCGACUCACUCUUGUACACUCACACCAUGACCAAGAUUAACUACUUUAAUCCAGUUGAAAUAAUAGUCCCCAACACAUUCUGCGAGGGCGUGCAGCCCAACCAACUAUACCAGCUUAUACGGGACCAAUACCCUGCGUUGAACUUGACUACGGUGCAGCGAAAACAUUUCAAUGCUGGUGCUGGUCGACAGCAUAUACAGACGUUGUGCGCGCCGCAGUACAGCGCUGUGUAUCUUCAGGUUGUGCAUAAGCACUACGCUUUAACAGCGGCGGCUGCAGUUCUUAAGUAUGUGGAAUACAUUCAGUGCAUAGUAUUCGCGAGGGAGUCACUGAAGAUCGUCUAUCAUUCCUCUGAAAAUACUAUGAUCAUUGAUGUCGGAACAGCAACCCAACUAGAGCUAGUCCAGCCAUUAGUGUCCUCUGCUGGCGCAACUUGCUGUCUCUUAGGCGUAUUAGGACCGACAUACACCGUCGGUGGGAUCAGGGCUUUAAGAGCCGCCAUACUUCAGCCCUCGUGCAAUAAGGAAAUGAUUGAGAAUAGACUAGACGCUGUCCAGGAUUUGAUGGAUAACGAAGCGGGGUUGAUGAUCGGAUUACAGGACGUGGUCAAGAAAUUAUCGGACAUUGAUAGGAUAUUGUUACUAUGCGUUGAGCAGCAAAAUCAAAACAUGGACAAAAUGGGAGAGGCGCAGCUGAACCAAACUUUGCUACUGAAGACUACAAUGGAAAUGGUACCAAAGCUGGUUGAAGCUCUCCAGCCUGCGGAUAGUGGAAGGCUUAAGAAAAUGAAAUUGGAUUUUGAAAAUCCACACUACAAUGAAAUAGCAGAAAGAAUCAAGACUGUAAUCCAAGACGAUGCGCAUUUAGAGAAAGGCGCUAUGGGCAGUCUGCAACGCUGCUUUGCUGUGAAGCCAGACAUCAAUGGACUUUUAGACGUAGCCCGAAGAACGUAUUCGGAACUUAUAGACGACAUACAGAAGAUAGUAGAGCAGUUGGGAGAAUCAUACGACUUGCCGUUACGGCUAAAUCAGAAUAUGAUGAAGGGAUUCCACAUAGUGUUGACAAUCGCUCCCAAAAACAGAAGGAUUUUCAACGUGGAAGAUUUACCUCCAAUCUUUAUUCAGGUCCAAAACAAUGGUAGUAGGAUCUCUAUGACUACAGAAGAGUUGGUGGUUCUUGAUCAACAAGCUAAAGAGUCUCUAAAUGAAAUACAGAAAAUGAGCAACAUUGUGAUUGGGAGCUUACUAAAAGACCUACGACCAUUUAUGGCUAGUCUUUAUACUCUGUGCGAAAAUGUCGCAGAGUUGGAUAUUCUUCUGGCCAUGGCUCAAGCAAAUACGGUGGGGUCAUACAUUCGGCCGGAUUUCAGUGAUUACCUGGACAUUCGGAAUAGCAUACAUCCACUUCUGGACUACAAUACGCAAACCAUGCCCGUCCCUAAUGAUAUCUACGCCAGUCCUGAACAGAAUUUCACUAUAAUCACUGGUCCGAAUAUGGGCGGCAAAAGCAUUUACAUAAAACAGAUUGCUGUGUUACAAAUUAUGGCGCAGCUGGGUUGCUUCUUGCCGGCAACUAACGCAGUACUCAGAAUCUGUGACCGUGUCUUCUCACGAAUGGGCUUUAACGAUAGUGUUGAAAUGAAUGCUUCUACUUAUGUCGUUGAGAUGAAGGAAACGCACCAUAUUUUGAAAGGUUUGACGACAUCAAGUUUGGUGAUAAUUGACGAACUUUGUAGAGGGACAUCAACUGACGAGGGAGCAAGUAUAGCUUGGGCUAUAUGUGAAGAAUUACUUGCAAGUGAUACCUUUACUUUCUUUACAACACAUUUCAUGUAUCUGACGAGGCUACAGGAUCUAUACUUCAAUGUUGUCAACCUUCACACUGAAGUGAAAGAAGAAAUAACAAGCUCGCCAACGCAGACAACUGGCUCGCAGAUGACUGAGAAACGUUUGAUCUACGAACAUAAAAUAAAUCCUGGUGUCACUACCAUAGAAAAUUAUGGUUUGUCUCUGGCGGCAAAAACAAACUUGCCUGAAGGUACUGUGAAAUUGGCUUGGGAGCUUGCAGAACUUAUCAAUGGAAGCAGAAAGCCUCAAGACACAAAUGCUGAAGCCAAAAGUGACGAUAGAUUGCUAUACGAGUUCAAUGCUGAAUUAAGAAAACAAUCUAGGCGUCACCCGAAUAAUGAUAAUAUCAUAAAUGACCUAAAGAAUAAGUUCAAAGCAGACAACCCUCUUUUAAUGGAUAGGCUAAAAGCAGACAGGCUUAGUAGAGAAAAUAAUAAUGAUUCUAGUGCUAACAGAUCAUCGAUACCUACAAGACAAGAAUCAUCGAACGAAGCUAUGCUCAGUAAGAAUUCGUAUUCAUCCAGCAAUGCGGUAAUUCCAAUACCAAAUCAUUUUAUAUCUAACCGAUCUCGUCAAAAUGCUUUGGCACACGCUAUUGCGAAUGACAAAGAAGAUAACGUAGAAAAUGAAAAUACUAUGGUCCAAGAUAAUAAUAUUGGAAAUGACGCUGGUAUUACAUCUUCAACCGGACUCUUAAAUACCAUGAUUAACCAUGACAACAUAAAUCCAAUACCUGACCUGUCAGCUGACGAUUUUGAAGACGAAGUAUUAGCUGCAGAAAAUGAAAUGAAUGAUCAUUUAGAUACCCGGAGACACACAAAUGUAAUUGUUAACUACGAUGAUUCAAAUUUUAUGGAUGAUACGAUUCAUGGUGAUAAUGAUAACACAGACGAAUUGUGUAAUACGGGAAAAUCUGAUGAUUCUGUGAUUAGCGAUUCAGUUCUUGCCGAUGCGGCAACUCAAGUAAUAGAAUGUUCCAAUACUUUUCAUGAGCACUCGAUCAGUGAAACGAGUGAAAUAUCAACAGAUGAUGAAUUAAUGACUGAGACUGUAAAUGAAAUUAAUUUGGAAUUAGAUAAUGGAAUUAUUAGUUUAGAUAACUUGGUGCUUACUCCACCACCAGAAUUCAGAGAUGAUUACUCGUAG